AUGGACCCCGCGAGCGCGCCGAGCGCACCGCUUCGGCGCGCGCGAUCGCAGCGAAGCGAGGCGAGCGAAUCGAGCGCGACUUCGUUGGAACAGUGCUCUAGGGAAAAGUUCAGUUUCGACGUUCGUGACGGCGCGCGCGCGCUCGAGCGUCUGGAUAUUGGCCCGCGGACGAGAACGCGAUGCGGAACACUGCCCAAUGGCAUGCGGUACUACGUCGCGGAGUCGCGGAAGCCAAAGGAACACGCGGCGUUGGCGCUGUGCGUCGACGUCGGGUCGAUCGCCGAGCGGGACGAAGAGCGGGGCGUUGCGCACAUCGUGGAACACUUGGCGUUCAGAGGGACGCAAGCGUAUCCGCACUUUGCCAUUGUGAACUUUUUGGAAUCCAUCGGCGCGGAGUUCGGUGCUUGUUCGAACGCGUACACGAGCAUGGACGAGACGGUGUACGAGUUGGUACUUCCGAUCCAGAAGGCGGAGGUGUUAGCGACGUCGAUGCAUAUUUUGAGUGAAUUCGCGAGAGGCGUGCGCAUAACUGAUGAAGACGUGGAGACUGAACGCGGUUCGGUAAUGGAAGAGUGGCGAUCAGGACGAGAUGCCCGUGGGCGGGCGGCGGAGGCUUACUGGAAGACGCUCAUGGAGGGAUCACUCUACGCCGAGCGGUCACCCAUCGGUUUAGAGGACGUGAUACGACAUGUCGAACCACGGGUGUUGAGAGACUUCUAUAACAAGUGGUACCGUCCAGACCGCCAGGCGGUGGUCGUUGUCGGCGAUUUCGUGGACCUGGACGACGUCGUGAGCUUGAUUGAGAGCACGUUUCAGGAUCUGAGGCCGCACGAAAGUCAGCCCGAGGAGACGCCGACGUUGGAGCGCCCGGACACGACGACGAUGCAACACGCGACGCCGCGCGUGGUGACACACGUUGAUCGCGAGCUCAGGCAGACGGCGUUGACGGUGACUUUUAAGUUUCACAGCAUCGCCAUCGACACGCCGAGAGGAUAUUACUUGAAAACAGUUGAAGACAUCUUCAAGACAGCACUAGAUAACAGAUUGUACCGCAUCAUGCGUCGAGCAAAACCGCCGUUUUUCAACGCUGGAGGUAUCAUCGAGGACGCAACGCGCACGACAACUUUACUCAGCGUCCAGGCGCAGUGCGCAGAGGGGCGAGCCGAUGAGGCUCUGAUAGCAGUUUUGCGAGAGCUCGCGCGCAUUCGUUUGCACGGUAUAUCCGAGCAAGAGUUAAAAAUUGCGAAAUCACGAAUGCUGGCCGAUACAGAACAGCUUUAUGCCGAGCGCGAGCAGACGUAUUGCGAAUCAGUUCGCGACGAACUCAUCAUGAACUUUCUCCGUGGCGACCUCGUGAUUGGUGCCGAAGACGAGGCAUCGCUCGCAAAGGCGUGCAUCGAUCGAGUAUCACACGAAGAUGUCAUCGCGUUCGCUACUCAGUUGCACGUUCGGAAUUCUUGCGUGAUUCGAGUGCAAGAGGGGAGGAGGACCACGGGCGAGGCUGCCCUGAGGGCAGCCAUCGAGCACGUGCAGAAGGAGGAAGCGAAAGGUAUGAUCGAACCAAGUGAAGUUUUUUACAUCCCAGAGUCGUUAAUGGAUCUCACUUCGUUGGUUUCCGGCACUAUAGUCAACGGUCGCGACUUACCAGCCCUUGAGACAAGAGAGGUCAUUUUGAACAACGGCAUGCGCGUCGCCCUUCGCGUGACAGACUUUUUGGACGAUCAAGUGCUGUUUCGCGGCGUCGCGAGGGGUGGGUUAUCGGAAGUGCGAAACGAUGAGUACAUAGAUGCCAUGUGCUCGAAUAUGAUCGCCGGUGAGCUCGGAAUGUAUGGCCACCGGCCAGACGUGUUCGACGACAUUGUCGCCGGGUUGCGAUGCGACGUUCACGCGAGCGUCGGCAUGUAUCGCCGAAACAUUGAAGGCGAGGCGUCGCCGGUCGACAUAGAAAAUGCGCUUCAGUGUAUUCACCUGUUGUUCACGCACAACGUGGGGACGACGAACGAUCCGGGCGUGCUGGAAACGCUCAUGCUGAUGCAAGAGGAGAAGAUACGGAAUCAAUCACGAGAUCCGGAGAGCAAGUACAGCAACGUGGUUCGAUCGCUCGUUUACGGUGAUUCGUAUCAGAGUCAGACAAUAACAGUGAAGUCGUUGCACGAGAUGGAUAGCACCAAGGCGUGCGCGUUCUUCGAUGAAUGCUUCCGAGACCCAUCAGAGUUCACCAUAGUCUUCGUGGGGGCGAUUGAUUCGACAACAUUUGUGCCGCUCGUGGAGAAAUACCUCGGGUCGAUUCCAUCGAAGAAACCAGAGAAAUUCUUGCACAUCUUCGAGGGUAUCAGACAUCGAGAGCGACGGGUGACUCCAUUCCCGCUCAAAUUUCCGAAUCACGUCAUAAAGCGCACUGUACGUGCACACAUGACGGAUCCAAUGUCAAAGGCUUCGAUAACGUUUCCGGUGCGAUUCCGAAAUCCAGACUUUGGCGGACCGCCGACACUCCUCGGGGGCCGAGAACUCACGGUGGCGAAGUUUAAGACAGUGAUGACGGCAUCUAUCAUCGAGAGACGACUUUUGGCAGUCUUGAGAUUUGAGUACGGUGAGAUUUACACAUGUCAUGCGAACGCGUCUUUUGCGUAUCAAGAUCCUGACGUCGCUGGCGAGAUGUAUUCCGGCGACAUCAUGGUUUCAUUUUCGUGCGCUCCGGAGCGAGGCGUGCACCUGGCCAAGCACGCGCGCGAAGUCGUGAAUAAGCUUCGAACGCACGGCCCGAACGAAGACGAGGUGCAAGCCGUGCGCGAGUGUGAGACUCGCGAUUUUGAAGUUAACCGCCAAGAGAACGCCUUCUGGCGAGAGUACAUCACCGAGCUGUACAAAUCCAGGCUCAUGGGAGCCGGCAUAUUAGACGGUGACAUCGAGGCGCUCUAUCGCAUGACUGAAGAGGUUCGCGACGAUGUCAUCAAGUCCCUCUCGCCCGAUGUCGUGCGUGAACAUCUCCGAGCUGUGUUGUCCAUGGACAACCACGUUACCGUCAUCCUCAAGCCUCAGCGUUCGACGUUUCGCCGUAUCUUCAUUCCGGCUUUCGAGACGCGCGGAGAAACCAUCUAUUCCGUAUUAUACCUCUCCGGCAUCGCGCUGGGGAUCGGUGCGUUGUAUGCGCGCAUCAAAGAGAAGCGACAAUAG